AUGAAUCGUCAUAUGAGAGAGGAGCACACGGAGCCUAAUUACCCGAAGGGCACAACCAUAGAAUGCGGCGAUCCUCAUUGUGAUGUGGUUUGCGACCGUAUGUCAACGUUGUGCGAACAUGUGGCACAGGAACAUGGUCGUGAUGAUCUGGUCAUAGAGGAGUUCAAGUUCCCUAGCCAACAAAGGUUUAAGGAAUGGAAAGAUCAGGUUGAGACGGAUACGAUGUCCAAAUAUGUGUUGUCCUCAAGUCGUACAAGAUUGAGCGGUGUGAUUCAGUCGUAA